UGUAAUUUACAUGAAUAUUCUUCUUUUGUUAAAAAGCCGCUGUGCACUAUAGAGCCUUCAGUCAAACAUGACGUUAGCGAAAAGAACUGUAGAGCUUUUUUACGAUGUUAUUUCACCAUAUUCUUGGAUCGCGUUUGAGGUCCUUUGUCGGUAUAGACCCAAAUGGAAUUUAGACUUGCAAUUCCGUCCUUUUUUUCUGGGAGGAAUAAUGGCAGGCUCAGGUAACAGACCUCCAGCAAUGGUCCCAGCUAAAGGUGUUUACAUGAUGAAAGAUAUUCAACGAAUGCAGGAGUAUUAUGGAAUCCCUAUUAUUCCACCUUCUGUGAGUAUCGAUAUCAAGAUUUUAUCUUUUGUGUGCACAAAAGUUGGAUUAAGUGCAGAUGAAACUCAGGCUCUCAUUAGUAAGACUAAAGACCAGGAAAUCAAGGAUACUUUGAAGGAGACCACACAGAAGGCUCUUGAUUUAGGGGCCUUUGGAGCUCCGCUGAUUGUCGCCCAUGUCAAUGAUGAGCCUCACACGUUUUUUGGCUCUGACAGAUUUCUCCUGAUUGCCCACUUGCUAGGAGUGGAAUGGGAAGGUCCAUUGAGGUCUCAAAACUCGAAACUUUAACAUUAGUCUCAAACUGUAACUGAACCAACCGGGAAUGUUUUGCAACCUGGACUCACUGUUUGAUCUUGAAUACCAAAACGAUCAAAGAAGUCCCGAUGAAGUAAAACCGUUUUCAAGCUUCCAGGAAAAUGAAAACAACCUUAAACUCUCUAUAAUGAUAAUGCAAUGUACACUGUGGAAUAAAUGUUCUCGCACAUGGUAGACUUUCUGAAGCUUCUGAACCGCCAAUAGAUCCAACAGCCAAAUAUGAUUGAACAAACCUUUGAGAUAUUUUGUAUGUCACCCAUUUCUCACUUAAACCCUUUCCUUACUAAUAUCUCGAUGAAAAGCCUCCUUACUCUCUGUAAUACAUUUCUUUCAAAGUUUGUUUUAAGAAUUUGGUGUUGGAUCAAAUGAUAAUACCCUCGUUCUUAUUUUUCUUUAUUCUCAUCACUUGUCUACUUGCUAUUGUAUUAAUAUUGUAAGGGGGAAUUCUCGUUUGGUCACUUAUUGGAGUAAAAAAGUUAAACAAGCAUUACGGUUGUUGUAGAAGCCGUAAGUUCCAAAUAAAACACUUUGAAUUAAAAAUAAACUGGUGAGAAAGAUGUGUUUAA